GUUAGAUAUAUUUAUUUUGCAUUCCACACGGUCACACUAGAUGAGGCCGAAAAGUACUUGAAUAUACAUACUAUUUAUUUUUGUUGACAAUAAUGAAAUUGACAUAAUGAAUUGAAAAACGUGUUGUUUCAAAGUUAGUAUGUGGAAAAACGAUAUAUAAGCAACUUCAUAUGAUAUAACAAGCGAAAGUUACAAAUAAGUGAAGGCAAUGGCUGAUUUGGAGGCAGUGUUGGCUGAUGUCAGCUAUUUAAUGGCAAUGGAAAAGUCCAAAUGUACUCCAGCUGCAAGGGCAAGCAAGAAAUUAAAUUUACCCGACCCGAGUGUUAGAAGUGUUAUGUAUAAAUAUUUGGAAAAAGAAGGCGAACUGAAUUUUCAUAAAAUAUUUAACGAAGUUUUGGGCUAUUUGUUGUUUAAAGACUUUUGUGAAAACGACUCAGAAGAACCUAUACAGCAACUUAAGUUUUUUGAACAGAUAAAACUCUUUGAAAAAACAGAAUGUUAUGAUGAGCGAAAAAAAAUGGCAAGGGAUAUUUAUGACAAUUUUAUAAUGGAGGAAAUGCUGUCCCACACCUAUGAAUACUCCAAACAUGCUGUUGCGAGUGUACAAAAAUAUUUAUUAAAAAAUGAGGUCCCGGUUGACUUAUUUGAACCAUACUUGGAAGAAAUAUUUACACAACUUAAAGGAAAGCCAUUUAAAAAAUUUUUAGAAAGCGAUAAAUUUACUAGGUUUUGCCAGUGGAAAAAUUUAGAACUGAACAUACAACUAACUAUGAACGAUUUCAGCGUUCAUAGAAUAAUAGGUCGGGGGGGUUUCGGAGAAGUAUAUGGAUGCCGAAAAGCUGACACUGGAAAAAUGUAUGCUAUGAAAUGCUUGGACAAAAAACGGAUUAAAAUGAAACAAGGAGAAAUGCUAGCUCUUAAUGAAAGAAACAUGUUGCAAGCAGUCAGCACUGGAAUUGAUUGUCCGUUCAUAGUGUGUAUGACGUAUGCCUUUCAUACGCCGGAUAAACUAUGUUUUAUAUUAGACCUAAUGAACGGUGGUGAUCUUCAUUACCAUUUAUCUCAACAUGGUAUUUUCAGUGAGGAUGAAAUGAAAUUUUAUGCAGCUGAGGUGAUUUUGGGAUUGGAACACAUGCAUAAACGUUGCAUUGUGUACCGAGACUUAAAACCCGCCAACAUACUGCUCGAUGAAAACGGACACAUACGAAUUUCUGAUUUGGGAUUGGCUUGCGACUUCUCAAAAAAGAAACCGCAUGCUUCAGUGGGAACUCAUGGAUAUAUGGCUCCAGAGGUGCUAUCUAAAGGAACAUCAUACGAUUCGUGCGCAGAUUGGUUUAGCUUUGGAUGUAUGUUAUAUAAAUUGCUUAAAGGUCAUUCUCCAUUUCGACAACAUAAAACAAAGGAUAAGCUAGAAAUUGACAAAAUGACAUUAACUAUGAACGUAGAACUUCCAGAAUCGUUUUCUUUGGAACUAAAGAAUUUGUUGGAAAUGUUACUUCAAAGGGACGUCUCUAAAAGGCUUGGGUGCAUGGGAAAUGGCGCGGAUGAAGUAAAAAUGCACAAUUUUUUCUGUGGAAUUGAUUGGCACCAGGUUUACAUACAAAAAUAUACUCCACCUUUAGUACCCCCUAGAGGGGAAGUAAAUGCCGCAGAUGCCUUCGAUAUUGGAUCAUUUGAUGAGGAAGAUACCAAGGGCAUAAAACUAAACGACGCCGAUCAAGAUCUAUAUAAAAUGUUUUCGUUGACUAUAUCCGAAAGGUGGCAACAGGAAGUUUCUGAAACAGUAUUUGAUACAGUCAACACUGAGACAGAUAAACUAGAACAAAAAAGAAAAUUAAAGCAAAAGCAGCACUUCGAUGCAGAUGAAAAGGAAUCCGAUUGUAUAUUACAUGGGUACAUAAAAAAGCUUGGGGGCUCUUUUGCAUCUUUAUGGCAAACAAAAUAUGCCAAGUUAUAUCCAAAUAGUCUAUCUCCAUUGACAGAAUACAAAUCAGCAACGCGGCCCAAAAUAAAGAAAACUCCUUAGUCACAAUUUCCCUCUCAUUUUGUUACCAUUGCGCUUACUAUAAUCACUAUUGCACUAUUUAUAAACAUUUUUUGCAAAUCGAUAAAAAUUUAACACGUUUUUUAUAAGUGUGUGCGUGCCAGUUUUGGGCGGUUUGUGAACGUUAGAGUAGGUCUGGCAACAUGAGUCAACAAACUUGUGCUGUGUCUUGGUCCCUGGAAUCUGUAUGCUGAAUCUCAACCCUCUAGCUUUUAUAGUUCCAGACAUCUCGACGCUUAUACGGACAUGGCUAGAUUGACUCGGCUAUUGAUCCUGAUCAGGAGUAUAUGUACUUUAUAUAGUCGGAAGCGCUUGCUUCUGCGGUUUUAAGUUUAGCUAUGUGUGAGUUUCACUUGUAUUUAUGGUUUGUUGUAAGGCUUAGGAUUUGCAAGAGGAUAGACGCGAUAUAGAAAAGAGUAUAGAAUCGAUGGAAAAAUAUAAUAAAUAUUAGAAAGAUCUAAUCAUGAGUUAAAAAAUUAGAAUUAAUUGUUUAAUUAAUUAAUUACCAAUUCGGGACUAUCAACAUCACUACGAAUAAGAAGUCGGGGAACUCGACUAUAGGAUUCUUUCAUAUUUUAAUGCUGUAUUCACUAAAUAUUAUUUAUAAUUAUACCAGCUUCCGUAAUUUGGCUAUUUACGAGCACAAUUCUGAUUUUUUAUGUAUAUCCAAUCUUGCGUAACCCUAGAAGUUCCUAUCAAUGUUCACUGCUUUUUACUUUGACUGAAUAAUGCGGACAGCUUUGCAAGAUUUGCAGUAUUAAUUGUUUAUGCACAAAUCACUUUGGCAAUGAAAACCCGAGGUUUAUAUAGCAAUUUUAAAGGGUAGCAGACGCAGCUCAUUCGCUGCUCGCCCUGUCGAUCCUGCUGCUGUAUGAUCCUUUAGCACGUUGAUUGUUUUCCAUCGAAGAAUUCUCUAGCUGAUCAUAUACUCGACGAAGGCCAUCUUGGUCAACAGAGGGUGAAAGCGAGGCACCUGAGCUAGAUUGCUGUGCGAAUCCUUUAGUGAGAUUUUCCAAGAAAGGCUCUUCAAAGCACAACAUCUUUACUAAGAUCCAGGCAAUGCAGAGGGUUCUUAGUCAGAAUCAAGCGUUUCCCCUGGCUGUGAGGUAAAGGCGAGGCCAAGAUUCCCACACAAGUUGAAUAGCUAAGAUAUGUUGCAAAAAGAGCGGACCUACGCAAGUCAGAUGUUUUGUUAUUUCCCACCUGAUUGCCUGGCGCGUAGAUAACUUAAUUUUCUACAGAGCCUGCGUCGGUUUUUAAAAAUGUGUUGAUAUGUUUUCAAACAUUUUUUCACAUUUUUCUUAGGCUUGUAAUAUUCUUUUGAUUUGCAAAAAAAACUUUUGCCUUUUUUAACCCGCUUUUAACUGCCUUUAAUAUUGCAGACACAAUGUGUUGUUCAACAAAGCACUCAGCAGCAACAGCGAAUUAAUUAAAGUUAAAGUUGUAAACAGCUUUGUAUGAUUUGCACUAUAUAUUGUUUAUGCACAAAUCACGUCGGGUUCGGGGUCUGCAUCGCUGCGUAUAUGCAAAAGGCACGAAAGCGAGUGAUAUGAGCAAGAUAAUUGCAGAGCGAACAGAACGCUAAGCCAAAUGUGCAAGCGCGAGAGUCCAAGGUUAAGAGGAGCUUAGCUAACGAAGAAGAAGCUGUAAAGUUUUACUGCGUCUCCAAAAUUGGCAUGUUUACAAAUAACAAUUUCUGGUGGCUGCGAGACCCGGCCCACUUGUUAGGCGGCGCUCGACAUUGUAAGCUGAACAAUUGAAUUUGCUUCUGAGAAAAUAAAAAAUCGCAGUCAAAGCAUAGGGAAAAAUCAAUUUACGCGCGAGUCCACGGACACCUCUCGCCAAACCGUCCGAGAGGCGUUGCCGUGUAUCGCACAAAUCGAUUCGCGAGAAGAUAGUCGCGAUAUAGAAAAGUGUAUAGAAAUGACAAAAUAAAUAUAAUAAAUAUAAAUAUUAGUAUGAUCUAAUUAUGAGUUUAAAAAAGUUGGAAUUGUUUUUUAAAGAGCGGCAGAGAGUCGAGAUUACAGAUAAUAGUAUAAAGUCUAUUUUAGUUAGAACAUGAUCCGCUAUGGGGGUCAGGCAACUCGUUGUCAGGUCGACAAUGAUUUAAGAUUAGGGAAUCUGCUUGGAACAGAGAAUAUAAACCGACUAGCCAAUUCGGGACAAUCAACAUCACGACAAAUAAGAACUCGGGGAACUCGACUGUAGCAUUUUGUCUUGUUUAAUUUUAUGAUUGAGACCUUUGAGCCAGACGCAGUCAAAGGCUUAAUAACCAUCGAAUUCGCGCAGCAAUAUUCACUAUUCUCGAAGGCUGUACGAAUUUCUGAUGUUACUCUGUUAGAUCGCUUUCCAUGUUCCAUGAUUUUCGUUGAAGGCAAAAUAAUCGACUGGGAUAGAAGGCAUUUUUCGAACAGUUUGGAAAGGCAUGAUAAUAAACUUAUUGGUCUGUAACAUGAAGGAAUUCUGCGAUCUUUCCCGGGUUUUGAUAUUAUUAUGAAUAAUGACUAUCAUUGCAAAUAAUAAUGAGCGACUACUUAUAUGUAGAGCGAACAGCGGAACGCUAAGUCAAAGGUGUAGGUGCGAGAGUACUAGAGGGCACUUGAGAGAGGGAAGCUUAGCUAACGCACAUAUUUCUGCACGGUUGAGGUGCGGCACAGUUUAACUGUCUACAAAUUUGUUAUCUUUAGGGAUUGCUGGCGUCUACGUGACUUAAGACAAAUAAUAAAAUGAGAAACAUAUCGCAUCGAUGAAGAACCUCGCUCGCUAAAACCAAUAAAAACAAAUCGUUCGAAAUCGCUAGACAAGCAUUAUUGCUUUGCUGCGAUCGACAGCUGAUCAGCUGUUGAGUCCUCUUCACAACAGUUUUUUAGAUUUGGGCCUUUAGACAGGUUAUCCCUUGUUCGGCCGAUAAAACCAGCGUACUAACUGUGCACCAUUGUAUCACAUACCUAAGUCAUAUUUCUCUGGUCAAGCCUGGCGGCAUUUGUUUUGAAAGCAGACGAUAUUAAUAGAGAGAGAUUUUAACAUUAUCGCUUGAAUCCAAGAACAAAAUGGCAAUUAUAUAUUUGAUUAAAGUUCAUUUUAAGUUUUAUGAAAAAUGCAUUUACUUUCUUUUAAAAAAUCCGCAAUUACUUCUUGGGCAACCCAAUAUUAUCACGAUUAUUGCUGUUUAGGGCACACAUCUUCUUUUGGGGUGGAUGAGACAUCAGUCUGGACGGUGUAAAUCCUUAUAACAACAUGGUGGUUCUGUGUUCUGCUUGACAAAGUCCAUAACGAACUGACUUUAUUAACACAGAGAAGCUUACUAAAUAUGAACACAAGGAUAACAGAGUCAAUUAAACAUUUCAAAAACAACGAGGUUAAUAGUAGGUGUAAUAAGUUUUACCAACAGGUCGACAGCAUAAUACAUUUCUGGUUAAUUGUGGCCCACUCGGAUAAUUGUUCGCUAUCGAUUAGCCCGAUCUUCAUUGUAAGGCGCAAGAUUAUCGUCAUGAAUGAGGACAGUUGCGCCCACUCUAGUGUUGGUUUCUUCCACUUUGUUCGUCUUGGUAGCGCGCUUUUGUAGUCGGUACGUCCUGGUAGCUCGCUUUAGGAGUCGGCUGACCCUUUUCAUCCAAAACAUUUGGAGGAUCGCCAUGAAACUAUUCUCUUCGAUUGUGCGAGAAAUGCUUUGGUCGACAGAUAAUGAACCCCGUCGAUAUUAAUUGAAAGCAUUGCCAUGAAAAUAAAGACGACGAAAUAAGACUUUAAGACCCUCUCCUCUAAUUUGUAUGUUUGUGUUGAUUGCUCCACAAGAGUUUCCGCCGCCCCUUUUUUUGUGUGGUUGUUGUGGAAGCUGCCGUAUAACAGGUAAUGAUCCCUUUAACCGUUUUCCAGUUUGUGCUUAUGUGAACAUACGACAUACAGGGGUGUAUGAUACGACAAGGUAAAUCUAUAGCGUUUACAAUCCAGCAUUCCAAGCGGAUUUUGUUAAUUUUCAAAUAACAACUGUCAAUAAAUGUCCGCAUAAAUGUCCUUGAUUUGAGGUGAAGUUGUCAAAGUUGCAGAUGACUGCAUCAAAAUGUAUGGUUUAAAGACCACGGAAAUGCUUUGAAUCCUGAUGUAGUUGCUCCUCGUGAUACAAUAUUAGCCGGAUUGGCCAAGAUCAACGUCCACUGGACAUUCUAAGUUAGUUCCAUAUUUCAAAAAUUCGGUUCCGACGAAUGCUAUUGAGUAUUGCUAUUGGUAUUGAGUUUGACCUGACAAUAGCCAUAUAUAGUGCAUUAUAUUUCCACAAUUAUGCAUGCUCAACUUAAUCAAGUCCUAAUUUUAAUGUAAUAAUUUUACAUGCAACGUUGAUGUAUCAUUUAUAUGAUAAAUAAAAUAAUUAAAUAUUUUGCAUACCUUAAUGUUGUUUGUUAUUGUUGGUAAUUGAUACGUAAACCGCGACAUAAAUAUUUUUCUGAGGCAUUUGGUAAAGCGUUAAUACGUCAGAUCUUUAAAAUUUGUAACUGUGAGCACAGACAAUUUGAAAACUGUUUAGUGCAUCAUUUGACAAAGGACACCUUGUUUUAUAAAUUCUUUUUAAGUAAAUUCUUUUUCAUUUAGGCUGGAGCUACAUUCGGAAAGUGGAAAUAAUAAACCAGAACUAAUUUUUAUGGACCAAGUAGAAGAUAUAUCAUCGGAUUU